GGGGCCGGGUGAGAGCCGCCCAGGGCCCCCGGGGUGGGCUGGGGGGCCGUUAAGAUGAGCUCUGCCCGGCCCAGAGGGGCUCCGGGGAAGCAGACGCCGCGCGGGCCGGGCCGGGGGGAACAUGGGCAGGCCUGCGGCCGCCGCGUGGUGAAGGAUGAACAGUCGGGGGGCCCCGGAUCUCGGGCAGCCCAGGGACGACCCGCACGGUGGUGAGCGAGAGCGCAUCCGCCAGCGCAUGAAGAUGGUGAUCGGACAGCUGGAAGACAUCCUGCGGGAACUCAAGGAGGUGGCCAAGGAGCUCAGGGAGGUGGUGACCCAGAUCGACAGGCUGACCUCGGACUUCGACUUCGAGCUGGAGCCGGAGGACUGGACCACGGCCACCGUGAGCAGCACGUCCAGCAGCGACAAGGCGGGCACCGGGGGCCCCUUCGACUUCACCACGGCCGACAUCCUCUCCGACAGCUGGGAGUUCUGCUCCUUCCUCGACCUCUCCAGCCCCCCCGACUCCGCCGCCGCCGCCGCCCCCCCCGACGGGCCCCCCGAGGCCGCCCGGCCCGGCGCCCCGCCCGACUACCGGCUCAUGAACGGCAGCGCCCCCGUCGCCAACGGCCCCCGCGUGGGGACCCCGGACUCGUGGAGCGAGGAGGCCUUCCACGCCGGGCCCGGGAAGGGGGGCCCCGCGCCCCAGCGGACCCCGGGCACGCGGGAGAGGGUGCGCUUCAGCGACAAGGUGCUCUACCACGCCCUGUGCUGCGACGACGAGGAGGAGGGGGGGGGCGCCCCCGACGGGGGGGAGGACGAGGACGAGGAGGAGGGGGGCGCCCCGCCGUCCCAGCCAGCCCGCGCGGACCCCCCCCACACGGCCCCCCUCAGGCCCUCCCCGGCCUCCCACAAAACCGGGCGCCGUCCGCAGGGCGGCCGCCGGCCCGGCCCCGCCGUGGCCCCGGAACAGACGCGGAGGGGCACCAGGAACAGCAGCACGCAGACGGUGGCCGACAAGGGCACGCAGACCCCGCUGCCCUACGCGGCUCCCCGGCAGAAAGCCGAGGGCAAGAACUAGGGGCGGGGGCGGGGGGGCACGGGGGGCCGCUAGAGCUGUAAAUAUAAAUAUAUAUUAUAUAUAUUUAAACAGGCACAGUCAUAAUAAAAUUUAUAA